GAUGUCUCUAGGUGCUUCUGUACAGCGUGGUAAUCCUCGUAAUUUCUCGGUUUCGGCUUGUGCAAUUGAAUCUGGACGCCCAAAUUGUAGCUCCAGUUCUCGCAUAAUUUCAUCUGGCUUAGCAUGCCCGAUGAGUUCUGAGCUGACUGUUUCCAAGGCUCUUCCUUGUAGACUUCUUCGUAGUCUUGCAGUAUUUUCGAUAUCAUUGAAGUAGCCUCGGGUUGUCUCGUAAAUGGCACGGAACGAAAGCCAUUCGGUAUGUGCUCCGCUAAAGCUUGGCAGUGUCAUUAUAGCUUUCGACGCUGCGAAAGUAUGCGACGAUAGUGAUGCAUUCUCUGAUUUUGGUUUGUCAGCGAGUGCGGCUAUAGCGGAUGUGAGCUCCGAUAUAAAUGGUCGGAGCCCCCCGUCUUCAUUAAUGACAGGUGCCUGGUUGGGCUUCUUUGGCAUGGGAUUCUUGGUUACAUCUUCCGGAUAGGGAUCCUGGUAGGUGAGCUCUGAUACAAUUGGUAGGAGCUCCUUGUCUUCAUCAAUCUUGGAGUCCUGGCUAAUCUUCUGUGGCAUAGGAUUCUUGGGUACAUCUUCCGGAUAGGGAUCCUGGUAGGUGAGCUCUGAUACAAUUGGUAGGAGCCCCCUGUCUUCAUCAACCUUCGAAUCCUGGUUUGUGAGCUUCUUCUGCGGCUCACUGAGGUCGACAACCUCCGGGGGUAGCUUUGUGACGGUUUUAUUAAGUGGAGCCUCCCCUCCGGUGGUUGCGCCUUGAGUUGGCUUUUGCUUGGCUACAGAAUUUUCGAGCCAAGUUCGGACGUACUCACUUUUGGAGUCACCAUCUUAAUCAUAGUCGUCCGAUUCAUCUUCUUCUUCAGCCAUCUGUAAGGAAAUCUGUGCCUUCAAAACUUUUCUAUUGGGCCGAAUAGUCUUCUUUGACUUCGUACUUCUAUCGGUGUGGCCCCUCGGUGGCUCUUCGGCGCGGGAGUUUUCCCGGGCUGUUGGCGGUGAUGCACAGCGAAUGUCAUCAUUGCCUUCUAUUUGUUCCCUCUGCUUCAGUGUCCCGUUUGCAGUGAUCGGAACGGGCAGGAGUAACCCCCCUUCGCGGGGGCAAGAUGGCGCCUCAGCGCCUUCUGUUGUCGACGGUGAGCAUGGUGGCAUCUAGUGGCGGACGCCGUCGGUAUUGUCCGACGGGCCUCCUUCCAGACAGACGGUCCACGCGAUGGCUCCCCUUCCUUGCGAACGAGUGAUCGGCAUCUUGAUUCUGAAAAUUCAGCAGCUUUAAUACGGUAGUGAAUAUGUAUGCGGUUCCGAAAUACAAACGGAUGGAUCCGGCUCGAAGGACCAGCGAAUGUGCCGGACGGGCGUAACUCUCCGGAGUAAAUGUUGUCGAAGAUACUCCGCGAGUCGCUCACGUCCUUCACCUAUAGGUUCCGGAGGAUACUUUCACUGCCGUCUCUGUGGGUGCUGCUGGAAAACUGUGGACUGAGGUUCAAAAUUAAAAUGCACGAUUUAUAAAUUAAAAUAGCAAGGGAGUGGCCAGCGGUUCGACUGAGUGAUUAGUCGCAAAAUUUUAUAACUAUUAUUUAUUGACCACGGUUGUUGAACACGGUUGUUCAACUACGGUUGUUCACUAUUGGUUGGUCACUAUAUAUUUUAACAGAUUUAAUUAAAAUGCCAGGUAGUAUUAAAAUUUCUAUUGGUAUUAAAAUAUCUAUUGGUAGUAUCAAAAUAUCUAUUGGUAGUAUCAAAAUAUCUAUUGGUAGUAUCAAAAUAUCUAUUGGUAGUAGCUGAUUUUCUAACACUACUGACUAGCAGCUAUUAAUCAACUAAAACUAGUUGAUUUUAUCACUUGUGUAACUGCGAAUAUCAGUUACCACUUUUUCCGUCUAGCUAACACUUUUCACUAUAUGUAACUGCGAAUUUUCAGUUGCCACUUUUUUCGGCUAUGUGUAACUGCGAUUUUCAGUUUCCGACCUUUUUCGGCUAGCUAAACUUUUUCUAAUUCACUAUUACUGUUCACUAUGUUCUGCUACUAGUCACUUCAGCUACUACCGGAUACUACUGCUUGUCACUGGUAGUUCUUCCUACUACAACGUUACUGGGAUUCGCCCCCAUAAGGUAGACUUCGGCUAUACUGUAUAGUGAGCCGCUUGUCAUUUUCCGUUUUGUCUCUUUAUUUUAAAACAUUUUCACUAUGUAAUUAGCAUAAAUUGCAAUAUUUUGUAUAUAAGGUUAAAUCUUACACUAAUAUGCUAAACAUCAAUAAAUCGGCAUUUUGGUCCUUUAUCAGUAUAUGAUAAAGGUUAUUCAAUACAUUAAUAUUUAAAAAAGUUAUUAAACGAAAUGUCCCAAAUUUUCAUAACAAAUGGGUACAUUAAUUCUUUAAUUUUUCUAUAACUACCAAAUGCGUUUAAUUAUACAAAUUAUUUCUUUACUAUCGUAAUCUAUAUAUAAUAUGCUAACGAAAUGUCAUAUUUACAACUCUUUUAGAACACAAAAAUAUUCUCAUUAUUUUUAGUAAACUAUUGCGCAGUUAAUUAAAUUUCCAGAAAGUUCUACGAUAUGACGCGCUGUGAUUGGUCGAUUUUUUUUAAACGAUUAAAGUUGUUUAUAUCAACUAUUAUUAAAACGACAUUCUAUACAAAUAUAUUAAGAUUUGUAAACACACUGUAAAACUAUAUUAACAAACUAUUUGCUCGAUUUUCGUUGGUAAUUUCACUUUUUAUACAAAACAAUAUUCUUUCAUCACUUUGUUUCUUAAAGUCAUUAAGCCGUCGCGAACAGAUAUAAUAGCACCUUAUCUAGCCACUAUAUUUAAUACAAGAGUCGAAUCUGAUGUGUUUCCUGAUUUAAUGAAACAUAGUAAAGUCAUACCUUUAUUUAAAUCUGGUAGUACAUUAGACCCCGCCAAUUUUAGACCAAUUUCUCUACUACCAACAUUUAGUAAAAUUUUUGAAAAAAUAAUUUUAGAUCAGAUGUUAAGUUUCUUUAAUAUUAAUAAAUUGCUACAUAGAAAUCAAUUCGGUUUUACAAGGGGUCGCUCGACAACUGACGCAGGAGUUGAGCUUGUAGCGGGUGGAAGGAAAAGGGGAGAUCUCCCGCCGGGCAAGGUGUUCUGCCCGGGGAGCGGCCAACGCUCCGAUUGGUAGUUCGGAGCUAUUCUAUAUAUGCUGCUUUAAUUUCGGAACUUUGAUAGCGCGAUUUAGGCUUCGAUGUGUUUCGCUUUUGGCGCGACGACAGCGCCGCCACAUCACCCCCCUGCUCAGACUGGAGGUCGAUAGUGCAGUCCGAUUGCCGGUGCGUCCUUAAUGCCGGUGGGGAAUGCAUGCUGUGUGCGUAAGGGCAAGUGACGCCGGUGCGAAUGAUAUGCCGGUGUGUAAUGCAUGCCGUACUACGCACUUGCAAGUGAUGCCGGUGAGAACGAUGAGCCGGAGCAAGUGCCAGGGAUUGCCUUGUAGUCUGCGGUGAGUCGAGAAGAAGGCAAGUAAUCUGUGAGAGUGCCGUGAAGCAGAGGCGAGCAGUAUGGCUCAGAGCCGUGCCGAACACUGUAGCGCAGAGAGUAGCUUGAAGGAACAGGAAGCAUUAUUAUUCCAGUGCUGCGAUGAACCUUUUGUAAAGCUAGAUGGCUUGCAGAAUGUGAAGACUGCAGACAAUAUUUGAUCGGGAGCGAAUGAAUGGGGUACUUGAGGAAGAUGACGAAGGUUUUGGGGUUGUAGUUUCCGAAGGUUUUUGGUUGCGUGUUCAUAUCACGUCGGUUGGUCACCAAUGUAGCUGGUGGAAGGAAAAGGGGACAUCUCCCGCCGGGCUAGGUGUUCUGCCCGGGGAGCGGCCAACGCUCCGAUUGGUAGUUCGGAGCUAUUCUAUAUAUGCUGCUUUAAUUUCGGAACUUUGAUAGCGCGAUUUAGGCUUCGAUGUGUUUCGCUUGUGGCGCGACGACAGCGCCGCCACAAGCUUAUUAAACAUAUUUUUUGUACAUAGGAGAAUUCAGAGGAUGCUUUGGGUAUAUUUUGUGACCUUUCCAAGGCAUUCGACUGCGUUCACCAUGAGACAUUAAUCAGGAAGCUACAGUAUUAUGGUGUCAAGAACACAGCGCUUACACCCGUAUUCAAGAACCACCCUUAUUUAAGUGUACUGGCUCUCACUGCGAAGUGUCCGAUUUCUCACAGUGUUGGAUAUGUCCAUCGACUUGUUUCAUAGACAACACUUAAGUAUUUCUUUACUCAGUGAAUGCAUAGGGAAGGAUUCGGCGUUUUGAUUGGUCGGUUUCGGGGCUAGCUUCAAGUUAUUCAAUUUUCAAGCGUCAAAUGUCAAUUAGUACAUAACCUCAAUUAAUGUGUUGAUUUUUGCAAACUGGCUUGUGUUAGAUACGAUACGCUAUUUGAAGUAAAAUUUAGCUUAAAUACCAAGUAGAAUUUUUGUGAUAAUGGAAAUAAUAUCUCCGGCUAACAGUGCUAAAUGGUAACUCAAAUAUUUUUCCUCAGUAAUGUUUAUUUUGUGUGUUUUUUGAUAAUUCAUUCAACAUACAUUAUUUUAAUUUUUAGCUCAAAAAAAAUAGCUUUUUCCUCCGCCGAAAAAGAACUAAUCAUAAGUUUGGUAAGUGAACGUCCCAUUAUUGAAAACAAACAGACAAAUGCCCGAAACAUUGAGCUCAAGAGGGCGGCAUGGGACGAAAUUGAAAAUGCCUACAAUGCAGUACCUUUUGUGGUCAAGAGAACGGCAUUACAGCUAAAGAGAUGCUGGGAAAACAUAAAAAGUUGUCGUAAGAAGGAGCUGUCAAUGGAAGUCGGCAGUUUAUUACAGACUGGAGGUGGAGUUGGUGAAGCGGGCACUACAGAAAACGUCAUAGACAGUAUUUGCCCAUACAUAAAUCUGACUGUACCUGGAGUCAUUGACUCAAACACAGAAGAGAAAGUCCUAGUAAAGCUGAGUUCUGUGGAAAUACAUGCUCCAGAGAAAAUAGAUAAAGAAAACCAACAUGAUAAUGAGGUCAUAGAAAGUUUAAAAUUAAGCAAGAGGAAAAGAGGAUUAUUUCCUUUAAAAACAUUAACAGAUAACAAUGGUAAGCUCUCCAGUGAAGUCCAAGUGCGGGUAAAGCGGUGCAAGGAGAAUAUAGAGCAGGAUUCAGAAUUACAUAAAUUGAGAGUCCAGAGGGAAAAAAUAUUGAUAAAAAAAGAAGAAAUAUUAUUGGAAAAAGAGUCACAGCAAGCCACAUUUC